AUGAUUUUCGGAAAAAUAGAAGAAAAUAAAAAUAUAAAAGAAAAUACAGCUGAAUCUUGUAAAUCCUAUUAUGAAGAUUUUGUAGAAUUGAGAAAAAAAAUUAUAUUAAAAGAAAAAGAAAUAAUUGAAAAACGCAAAAAUAGUUUAAAAGUUGGUGAAAACCCGAAAAACAAACUUUCAUAUAGAUCAUUUGAUGAAUUUUAUAAAUAUAGAAAAAAUUAUGAAGAAUAUGAAAAUAAGAUAAAAAAUGAAGCUUGGAAAUUAUUAAAUAAAGCUAGUCAUAGGAAUAAUCCUUGCAGUGAAGAACAAAUAAAAAAUGAUGAAAAAUAUUCAUAUAUAAAAUUCAAAACAGAAAGACAAGGUACUGUUAAACAAUUAAAAGAGUAUUUUCAAAAGAUACAAGAAGAAAAAAUACAAAAAAGAAAAAAUUCUCUCUGCAUAAAGAAUACCAUGAAAUCCCCAAUCAAAACAAAUCCAAAAGACAAUAAAGUAGAAUUAAAAAAAAAAAAAGAAACUGUUUUAGAAAAUAAUGAAAAUGAAAAAAAAAAAUGCAUUUUAGAUAAUAGUGAAAAAGAAAAAAAAAAAUGCAUUUUAGAAAAUAAUGAAAAUGAAGAAAAAGAAUAUAUUUUGGAAAAUAAUGAAAAUGAAGAAAAAAAAUACAUUUUAGAAAAUAAAGAAAAAGAACAAAUAACUGAAACAUAUAAUAAUAAUUAUACACUUAAAAGUAAAGUAGCAAAAGGUGUUAUCAAUAAAGACAAUGAUAAAAAUGAAAUUAAAAAGCUUAAUAAGAGGAUUGAAAAUAUUAAUGCAAAAGAAAUAGAAUUAUUAUAUAAUUUAAUUAAUGAAAUGAAGAACAGUUACGAAAGUGAUGAAGAUUAUAUUUCAAACUUAAUAGAAGAAUUACAUAAUUCUAAUAAAAGAUAUAUGAUUGACAAGAUAUUAGAUUUAUUAAAAAUAUUUGAUGAUAAAAUUUCUUCAAAUGUAUUAAAUAAAAAUUUAAAAGGUAAUAAUUUAAAUUUAGAAAAAAAAGAAAACAUCAUAGAUAAAACUAACUAUGAUGAGGAUUUCAAAGAAACGGAAGAGGUGCUAGAAAAAAAAAAAUUAAAUGAUGAAAUGUACAAAUCAAAUAAAAAAUACAUAAAAGAAAAUAAAGAUUCUAUUAAAGAUAAAGAACAAUCUGAAAAAAUUAAUCAUAUGAAUAAUGAGAUGGAAUUCUCUGAUAUAAAUAAAAAUAAUAAAAAAAAAGAGAAAACUGGAAUAGAAGAUAAAAAAAAUAAAAAUGAAAAGUUGAUGAAUAAUAGCAAUACAAAUAGCAGUGAUGCCCAAAAAAAAUGUAUAAAAGAGGAUAGUAUACAUGAAGAUAAAUUAAACAAUAACUAUAAAAAUGAAAAUUUUUAUAUAAAUAAGAACGAAAAUAAUAAAGAAAAAAUUAAUGAUAGUAAUGUUGAUAUAUAUAAUAAAGAGGAUAAGCCAAAUAAUAAAAAUAUAAUUAAUGAUAAUAAGAUAGAAAAAGAUGCAAACUAUGCCAGUAAGUUUGAAUGGUUUUAUUCAACAAUGAAAGACAUAUAUGAAGAUGUAAAUGAAUAUGAGGAAAACUCUAAUUUAAAUGAAGAAAUAAAAGAUUAUUCAAGUGAUGAUAGUGAAAACAAUGAUUUGUUUUUAUGGAUAAAAAAUAGAGAUGUCCAAAAUAUUUUAAAUGAAAAAAACAAUAUUAAUGAAGAGGAUAUAAUAGGUGAAUAA